AAAACAUAACCUUCUAAACAUGACAUCAAUUAUCUUAAGUGAAAUACACAAGUGCAAAAAGUGUCCAAUUUUUCUGAUUGGCUGUUCAAAUUAUCGAUAGUAUCGAAGUAGCCAUAUUGCUACAUUCAGAUCGUUCGUGACAGUUCAUAAUGGGUGAACGAUAUAAUAUUCACAGUCAACUGGAGCAUCUUAUGUCAAAAUAUAUUGGCACUGGACACGCUGAUACAACAAAAUAUGAUUGGCUUGUAAAUCAACAUCGAGAUUCUUGCAGUUCAUAUAUGGGUCAUUAUGAUCUUCUUAAUUUCUUUGCCAUUGCUGAAAACGAAGCUAAAGCACGCGUAAGAUUCAAUCUCAUGGAGAAGAUGCUUCAACCAUGUGGACCACCUCCAGAAAAGCCUGAAGACUAAGGAAAAACAAUCCUACUUUCUAUUAAGGACCUUAUUUAAUAUGACUCAUUUAGGUAUUAUUUCAAUAAUAUACAUUUUUACGUCAAUGUAAAUUUAUUAUUUAAAAAAUAUAUAUAAUUAAAAAUAAUUUUAUACUAA